UACAUCGUUCUUUCCGGUUUAGGAUUCUGUUCCGUGUGCUUGUUCUCUUUCGAGCUAAGGCCGAUUAUUAUAAAACAUUAAUUUUUGGCAACUUGCACCAAUUAUUAAAUAAGCAAACAGUUUAACAAUGUCGACAAAAGCUGAGCUCGCAUGCGUCUACGCCUCCCUCAUCCUGGUUGAUGACGAUGUCGCCGUCACCGGUGAGAAAAUCUCGACCAUUCUGAAGGCCGCUAAUGUUGAGGUCGAGCCCUACUGGCCCGGUCUGUUCGCCAAGGCGUUGGAGGGCAUCAAUGUCAAGGACUUGAUCACCAACAUUGGCUCCGGUGUUGGCGCUGCCCCAGCUGGCGGUGCUGCUGCGCCUGCUGCUGCCGAUGCGCCCGCCGCCGAGGCCAAGAAAGAGGAAAAGAAGAAGGAGGAGGAGUCCGAUGUCUCCGACGACGACAUGGGCUUCGGUCUGUUCGACUAAGCAGCAGCAUCACCAGCCACUGCAGCAAGAAGCAUACAACGCCAACAACAUCCGUCGUGUGUGUGAAGUGAAGUUUUUACUUUCCCCAAUUUUCGUACACGUUUUAAUGUACAGAUGCGAGGAAAUAUAAAAUGUUAACUACAACUGA